GAUCAGACUGCACCUCUACUGCACAUGUACAGCUGAACUCUGCGAGCGCCUCGUUAAUGCUCAUACUAAUCCAACAGCCCUUCCUUGUUAGACUUGCGACACUGUAGACAGCACAGUACCACAUACUCUCUUACAGGAAUACCAGCCAGCCAUGGCUACCGACAGCGACUAUGAAGUCUUGGAGAAGAUAGGGCAAGGCUCGUUUGGAGUCAUCCGCAAGGUGCGGAGAAAGGCGGAUGGCGAGGUCAUCUGCCGCAAAGAGAUCUCGUACACCCGCAUGUCAGAUCGCGAAAAGGAACAACUGCACGCUGAGCUGCGCAUCCUCGAAUCGCUACGCCAUCCAAACAUCGUACAAUACUACCACCGCCAGCACCUCAAGUCAUCACACGACCUCCACUUGUAUAUGGAAUACUGCGGUAACGGAGAUCUUGGUGGUUACAUCAGAAAGUUGAAAGAGAGGAACAAGAUGGCCGAUGAGGAGUUCAUUUGGGCAAUCUUCGCACAGCUCGUGGGAGCGCUGUAUCGAUGCCAUUAUGGAGAGGACCCGCCGGCCGCUGGUAAAGAAGGCAAUGUGCGUAAGGGCAAGGCGCUCGUAAGCAAGCAGGGUCACACAGUUAUCCUGCAUCGCGAUCUCAAACCUGAGAAUGUGUUUCUCGGCGAAAACAACAGUGUUAAGCUUGGUGACUUUGGUCUGUCCAAGAUCAUCGCCUCUCAUGACUUCGCCAGCACCUAUGUCGGCACACCAUUCUACAUGAGUCCGGAAAUAUGUGCUGCAGAGCGAUACUCGCAUCACUCGGAUAUCUGGUCUAUGGGAUGCAUCAUUUACGAACUUGCAACACGCCAAGUGCCUUUCGAAGCACGCAGCCAUAUGGAGCUUGUUUUGAAGAUCAAGAAGGGAUAUAUCAAGCCUCUGCCAACACAGUACAGCCAGGACCUUACGGACGUCAUCUCCUGGUGCUUGAAGACCGAUCCACGCCAGCGACCUGACUGCGCGCAACUGCUUGGCGUUGCCAACAUCAAGGUCGCCCGCACGCGUCUGGAACAAGCCUCAGCCUUGGGCCAAUUGGGCAAGCUACAAAUUGAUCGCGAUUCUGCCUUCUCCAAGCUCGCAGCCGCACAGAAACAAAUACAAGAUUUGCAAUGUGAAGUAAGCAAGCUUCGCGAGGCGAACAAGAAGGUCGAGAUGGAAUGGCACGCGCGUGCAACCUUGGCGAUCGAUCAGAAAGUUCACGAAGCCCACGAAAAGAACAAAGCAGAGCUCCUUAGUCAAUUCGACGCAGCGGUCGAGAAGCGAGCGGAAGAGAAGCUGGCACUUCAUCUGGCAAGCCUGCCCUCAACGGCCACCCAGUCGUCGAAUUAUACGCACAACAUCCGAUCCUCCACACCACCUCCCGCCCGCCGAGACAUUGCCAGUCUCAACAACUUCCAGCGCAAGUUGCCAGACACAGAUGCAUCGUCACUGCCUGACCUCGAUGAAUCCAUCAUUGAACAGGACCUGACAUCUCUCUCCCUCGGCAACGAUGCUCUCGAAACUGCAGAAGCGCAGGAUGACAUUGUGUCGCCUCUUGCAAAUCGCACGAAGCCACCUCCGAAGAAGCGCGAGCGCAAGCCGUUCGUGCGCGCGAAGACUUUCGCCAACUGCAACAACAUCGCCAAAGACAGCCCUAUGGAUGUUCAUAUGGCCGACCCUUCGCCGGCACCGACGCACAUGAGAGGCUUUAUCUCACCUCGCAAGGGUUUCCAAGAACGUUUGACGGGCGAGCCACUGAAGCGAAACAUCUUCAGUGCUGCAGCAGAGAAGGAGAAUGUCAGGCCUGCCGUCAGAGGUAGAACAUUGGUGGAGCUCAGCGGGGCAUCAGUGCCACAGAGUCCGGCCAAGUGGAUCGGCAACCCAGCCAUCCUGGAAGAUAUGAUGCCUUCUCCAUUUGUGAAGAGGCGGUAAUUUGACGGGGAGAACGCUGUGGUUAUGGGGAUCGGGAAACAUUAAACAUUACAGGCGCGGCGCUACGCGAACUUUUCUUGUGUUUUGGGGAUCGGGAUCUCGUAUUUCUGGAGGCUCUUUGGGACUCUAGGGUUUGCAUGGUUGGAUGUGUCCCGAAUCAUGGCAAUGACAGAACAUGGCGGCGCUUGGGGGCGGGUUGCAAUCGUUCAUGGGGUGUUAUGGGCUUCCUGCAUUAGUGAACGCGUUCAAGCGUACAGUACUCUCGGCAAAAUAAAUCUCAGUAUGUUUACUUUGAACAUUGUUGGCAA